AUGCCAUUUUCCAGCAUAUUUCUGAUUUUUAUGGCAUUAUGUUUCCCCACGGCCUCGGCUACGCUGCGCUACUAUGUACGCGCCCCGGAAUUUGGCAACCUGCCAGCCCCUCAGCUGUCCCCUCAUGGUUAUUUAUAUCCAUUUCUAACUCCCUCGGAUCCGAUUACGCCAUCAAUUGUCCAGCCGGCAUUCCCGUUGUUCGAUUUUAGGAAUCCGGGUGUUCUGCCCUCCCAACUCCUGCCCGGAAUGGUGCCGGUCUCCCCAACUCCACAACAGUCCUAUAUCCCUCUCCCUCCCUAUUUCUUCCAAUCUCUGCCGUCGCAACAGCUUCCGGCUGUCUCAUAUCCGGUAAUCGUCCAGCCACAGCCGGCCACGGAGCCCCAGAUGAGUGAACCGGUUACGCCAUUAAAAUCCGCCGACCUUGAAGUGACAACAACUCUGCCAAUCACCAAACUGGCAACUAGCCAAGCUCCUACCACCACGCAGGCUACCGUAACCCGAGACCCGUCGGCAUUUCUGUCGGCCCUCCGAUCGGCGAUGAGCACUUGGGUGCCUGUAUCCACUACUGUAGCCCCCACUACCGUACCCCCGACUACAAAAUACACCCAGACUACAAAGCGAAGAUUCACAUUUACUAGCGCGCCUACAGUACCACAGACAACUACCGUAUCCCCGGAAAUGACGAGUACGCAAGAUUCCUAUCGACAGGCCGAUGAAGAAAUGAGUGUAUUCCGUUUUACACUGACUACACCCGCUCCGGUUACUAUUGGACAUCAAUCCAUGAAGAGGCUUUUUGAGAGGUUCUUCAUGAAAAAAUACAACACGACGCCUCAACCACCGAUUUUCCAGAUCCAGCCCCGGCAUCACCUCCACAAAAUCGGGCACAGCUGGGGAAAUGAGCGGCUGAUCGGCCGAUCUUUUAACCUACCAUUUUCCGGACUUUUUAAUUUAUUU